GCCAACUUGAUCUGGAAAUAUGGGACCAAGCAAACCAUCGAGUACGGGGCUUUCGCGUGACAAGAGCAACAGAAUAGAGACUCAAGGGACUAGAGUCGACUCAAGAUCGAAACGCGAGUACAUUAUAAGGUUUAACGUGAGGAUAGGAGAGUAAGCGCGCCAAAGGAUGGCGCCGCGGGACGGUAAUGUGGCGCGCGGGUAGAUAGGAAAGGCGAGGUUGGAUAGGAAAGGCGAUACGGAAAGUUGGCGCGAGGGCGAAAAAGAAAUGCCAGGCAGAAAAAAAACGCGAGGGCGAAUAGGAAAUGCGCUGCGAAAAGAAAGAAGCGAGGGCGGAGAGGAGAAGAGAGGCGGAAAGGUGACGCCAGGGCGGACAGGAAUGUAUUAGGGAAAUUUGAAGCGAGGGCGGAUAGGAAAUGGGAGGUGGGAAGGAGGUGCGCCGCGGAGAGGAGGGCGUGGAGAGGGACGCGACGGGGAGAGGGGGGACGCGGCGAGGAGAGGGGACGCGGUGAGGAGGGGGGACGCGGCGAGGAGUGGGGACGCGGUGAGGAGGGGGGACGCGACGAGGAGAGGGGACGUGGUGAGGAGGGGGGACGCGACGAGGAGAGGGGACGCGGUGAGUAGGGGGGACGCGACGAGGAGAGGGGGCGCGGUGAGGAGGGGGGACGCGGCGAGGAGAGGGGACGCGGUGAGGAGGGGGGACGCGGCGAGGAGAGGGGACGCGGUGAGGAGGGGGGAAGCGACGAGGAGAGGGGACGCGGUGAGGAGGGGGGACGCGGCGAGGAGAGGGGACGCGGUGAGGAGGGGGGACGCGACGAGGAGAGGGGACGUGGUGAGGAGGGGGGACGCGACGAGGAGAGGGGGCGCGGUGAGGAGGGGGGACGCGGCGAGGAGAGGGGACGCGGUGAGGAGGGGGGACGCGGCGAGGAGAGGGGACGCGGUGAGGAGGGGGGAAGCGACGAGGAGAGGGGACGCGGUGAGGAGGGGGGACGCGACGAGGAGAGGGGACGUGGUGAGGAGGGGGGACGCGACGAGGAGAGGGGGCGCGGUGAGGAGGGGGGACGCGACGAGGAGAGGGGACGCGGUGAGGAGGGGGGACGCGGCGAGGAGAGGGGACGCGGUGAGGAGGGGGGACGCGGCGAGGAGAGGGGACGCGGUGAGGAGGGGGGAAGCGACGAGGAGAGGGGACGCGGUGAGGAGGGGGGACGCGACGAGGAGAGGGGACGUGGUGAGGAGGGGGGACGCGACGAGGAGAGGGGACGCGGUGAGGAGGGGGGACGCGGCGAGGAGAGGGGACGCGGUGAGGAGGGGGACGCGACGAGGAGAGGGGACGCGGCGAGGCGGAGAGGCGAGGCGGAGAGGCGAGGCGGAGAGGCGAGGAAGAGAGGUUGGGAUUAGAGGAGAGGAUGAGAGGCGCUGGGAGGUGAGGAGGGGAGGCGGGGAUUCUUACCCUUCUCAUCCGCCCUGAAUCUUCCCACGCCUCGCACCUCCCUUUCCCCAUCUCGCAACUCGAUUUCCCCACCACACACACCCCCUUCCCCAUCUCACACCUCCCUUUCCCCACCUCACUCGUCCUCAUCUCCGAUUCUCCUCCACCCUCCCCUCCCCGCAGACGUACAAGAGAGCUGGCCUGGCGUACACGCUCUCAGCGGAGUCAGCCCAUCUGCUGCAACGAGCCAACACGAGGGUGGGAGGGACGGCAACAGAUAGCGCUGGGCUCGACCCGGUGUGCAGCGUUUACGUCCUCUUCCUCCAACCCUCCGCCCCACCACGCUCUCCCCCCUCAUCACCCCACACUCCCACCAUCACACCCCUCUUCUCACCUCGAGGAUAGCAGCAGCAGCAGCAGCAGCAGCGGCAGCUCCCUGGUGCUGCCUGCGCCGCACUCGGGCCCCUUUAUGGAGGGCCGGGAGUGCGAGACGCCCACUUUCAGGGGCAGGGGGGUGCCACCAAACGAUAGAGGGGGAGGGGCAGCGGCUGCUGCUACUAGUGCUGCUGCUAGCACGAGUGGGAGGAGCGUUACAAGUGAGCAGCAGGAGAUGGUGAUCGAUCUCUCGUUUGGCUCUGCUUCUUCCCCCGCCCGAAACCCUCCAUACAUGUUCCACGGCCUAAAAAUGAAAUGCAACAUCAUCCCUAUCAUUAAAUAACGAGAAAGAUGUGUAUAAGAAUGAUGAGCUCACUUGCAACCACUAGUA